AUGCCGAGUCCUGCAAUCCCUCGUUUCAAUUCUGAUCCCUUUCUCUCCUCUUCCUCUUCAUCCAAGACUCGUCUCCCACCUUCCAACCGCUCUGCUUGCUCCAGUUCUCGAUCAAACAAAUCCUCCUACGUCAACAAGCUUCGAAGCCUUAUUGGCAUUGGAAGAAAGACAUCGCAUUCUGAUUUGACAGAGGAGAGCCUAGAGGCUCAUAAUAGAAGACAAGAAGCUAUCAUCUUACAGACUCGUCACAGUGUUGAUGACAAGAACGCUAAGUGUAGUCCUUACUAUAAUGGGCUCACUGAUUGUUCACUUAUUAUCAGCCGCAAGAAGCUUCAUUUACCUCAGUCAUCUAGUCCUGGACGUGAAAGCCAUGCUACUACUACUGUUUCCAAUUCAAGUUCUCUUCCUUCUUUUAUGCUUGUUAAGAUGCACGAAUGGAGUUCUCGCUUUUCUUCCCUGAAUUCUUCUACUAAGGACAGACAUAAAAAUGCUCCUGCCCCUGCUCCUGCUGCUGCCACCACCACUGUCAAAAAAGGCCAUGCUUGUUGCCCUUACUCCUCAUCAGAACCUUCAGCAGCAAGGAUGCCCCUCGAGAGGAAGGAGCCUGACAAGAAUGUUUUAUCGGUUAUUCAUGAGGAGAAGCCAUUGAGGGCGAGACAAUCUAAAUCACCAUCACCGCCACCGCCUCCGCCACCACCACCAUCCAUGACCGCUGAAGCUGGCAGAACCAAUAAUGUUGAUGAGAAAAAUGAGACAGAUGCCAUUGAAAUGUUGGAUCGGAGCAAGCAGUUUACUUGGGCAGACAAGUAUCGUCCCAAAGCUUUGAAAGAUUUUAUCUGCAAUCGAACUACAGCUACUAUGUUGCAGGGAAUGAUAAAGGACGUCGAUUGUAAUCCUUUCAUAUUUGAGGGACCUGCUGGUGUGGGAAAGAGAACCAUGGCCUGGGCCAUGCUUCAACAAGUCUUUGGACCUGACAGAUUACAGACCAUGGAGGAGUCCAAGGCGUUUAAAUUGAAGGGGGAAUCAGUCGGUAGUAUAGAAGUAAGAAUAAAAGCAGCCUCUCGGCAUGUUGAAGUCAAUCUCUCUGAUCUGAAAGGGUAUGAGAAGCAUGUCAUCGUCGAACUUAUCAAAGAAACAAGUAAUGCCAUGUCCAAGAAAGGUUCGCAGUUGAAACGUGAUAGUUGUCGAGCAAUCAUUUUAAACAAUGCAGAUAAGCUAUCUGCAGAUGCCGUCUUGUAUAUGAAGUGGCUACUACAAAGGUAUAAAGGGUCCAGUAAGUUUUUCUUCUGCUGCUCCGAUGUCUCAAAGCUUCAGCCAAUUAAGGAACUCUGCACAUUGGUUCAGUUCUUCCUGCCUUCAAAUAAAGAAAUUGUUGAAGUCUUAGAAUAUAUAGCCGAACAAGAAGGUAUAAAAUUGCCACACCAAUUCGCAGAAAGUAUUGCCAUAAACUCGAAGAAUAAUCUUCGUCAAGCCAUUCGCUCGUUAGAGGCUUCAUGGAAGAGAAGUUAUCCAUUUACAGAAGAUCAAAAGUUCUUGACUGGAUGGGAAGAUGAUAUUGCAAAUAUUGCAAAGAAUAUGGUUCAAGAACAAAGCCCAAAACAGCUAUAUAUCAUUCGUGGGAAGCUUCAAAAUCUAAUGGGGCAUGAUGUGUCCCCUGAAUUUAUUUGCGAAAGCCUGUUGGAAGAGCUGAAAAAGAAUUUGGAUGAGUUCUGCCAGCAGCAACUUGACAAUCUGCACAGGGAUUACAGUUUAAGAGAAAAACUGCUUUUACAAGAUGGUAAAGGGCCUCAGGAUCCUGCAAAUCAGAAAUUUCAGAAAUACGUUAACAUUGAAGGUUCAGGAAUUGCUAAUAACAAAUGCGUUUCAGUAUUGACCUUGCCUGAGCCUGUCCAAAACAUAAAUCACUCUAUAUGGAAACAAAGCAUGGAGUGA